CUUUCCAGCAUGCUGCGGCGGGGCAGCCAGACACUCCGGCGCUUCUCCACGGGCCGGGUUUUUUUCAAAAACAAGCUGAAGUUGGCACUUAUUGGCCAGAGCCUUUUUGGACAGGAAGUCUACAGUCACCUCCGCAAAGAGGGCCACCGAGUAGUGGGGGUGUUCACAGUUCCAGACAAGGAUGGCAAAGCUGAUCCACUGGCUUUGGCUGCAGAGAAAGAUGGGACCCCUGUGUUCAAGUUUCCUAGAUGGAGGGUCAAGGGCAAGACCAUCAAGGAAGUGGCGGAGGCCUACAGAUCUGUGGGUGCCGAGCUGAACGUGCUUCCCUUUUGCACGCAGUUCAUCCCCAUGGAUGUCAUUGAUCACCCCAAGCACGGUUCCAUCAUUUACCACCCAUCCAUCCUGCCCAGGCACAGAGGAGCUUCUGCUAUCAACUGGACUCUAAUUAUGGGAGACAAGAAAACUGGGUUUUCUGUUUUCUGGGCUGAUGAUGGUUUAGAUACAGGACCCAUCCUCCUUCAGAGAUCAUGUGACGUUGAACCCAAUGACACAGUAGAUGCACUUUACAAUCGAUUCCUCUUUCCUGAAGGCAUCAAGGCCAUGGUAGAAGCUGUCCAACUCAUAGCAGACGGAAAAGCGCCUCGAGUUCCUCAGCCAAAGGAGGGGGCAACAUAUGAAGGCAUCCAAAAAAAGGAAAAUGCUGAGAUUUCUUGGGAUCAGUCUGCUGAAGUUUUACAUAACUGGAUUCGAGGUCAUGAUAAAGUCCCUGGAGCCUGGUCAGAGAUAAAUGGACAGAUGGUCACUUUCUAUGGCUCAUCAUUACUGAGUAGCUCUGUGCCUCCCGGAGAACCGCUGGAAAUUAAAGGUGCCAAGAAGCCUGGCCUUGUUACCAAAAAUGGACUUGUUCUUUUUGGUAACGAUGGAAAAGCUCUGAUGGUGAAAAGCUUGCAGUUUGAAGAUGGAAAAAUGAUUCCUGCCUCCCAGUACUUUUCAAGAGGUGAGACAUCAGUGGUAGAACUUACGGCUGAAGAGAUGAAGGUGGCAGAGACCAUCAAGGUCAUCUGGGCUGGAAUUUUAAGCAACAUCCCUGUUAUUGAAAACUCCACGGACUUCUUUAAAUCUGGAGCAAGAUCAAUGGACGUUGUGAGGCUGGUUGAAGAGAUCAGACAGAAAUGCGGUGGCCUUCAGUUACAGAACGAAGAUGUCUACAUGGCCACCAGGUUCGAAGACUUCAUCCAGAAGGUUGUGAGGAAGUUACGAGGAGAAGACCAAGAAGAGGAGCUUGUGGUGGAUUAUGUUGCAAAGGAGGUCAAUGAAAUGACAGUAAAAAUGCCAUAUCAGUGUUUCAUAAAUGGACAGUUCACCGAUGCAGACGAUGGAAAGACUUACGACACCAUCAACCCAACAGAUGGGUCGACAAUAUGCAAAGUAUCCUAUGCCUCUUUGGUGGAUGUUGACAAAGCAGUGGCCGCCGCAAAGGAUGCCUUUGAAAACGGCGAAUGGGGAAGAAUGAAUGCCAGAGAAAGAGGAAGGUUGCUGUACAGACUUGCAGACCUACUGGAAGAAAACCAAGAAGAGCUAGCAACCAUCGAAGCCCUUGACUCCGGGGCUGUCUACACCUUGGCUCUGAAGACUCACAUUGGAAUGUCUGUGCAAACGUUCAGAUACUUUGCCGGCUGGUGUGACAAAAUUCAGGGCUCCACGAUCCCCAUCAACCAGGCCCGUCCAAGUCGCAACCUGUCCUUCACCAAGAAGGAGCCGCUGGGGGUCUGUGCCAUCAUCAUCCCCUGGAAUUACCCGCUCAUGAUGCUGGCCUGGAAGAGCGCCGCCUGCCUGGCCGCCGGCAACACCUUAGUGCUCAAGCCCGCGCAGGUCACGCCCUUGACUGCCCUGAAGUUUGCAGAGCUCUCGGUGAAGGCAGGCUUUCCCAGGGGGGUCAUCAACAUCAUUCCAGGCUCAGGUGGGGUAGCAGGACAACGUCUUUCUGAGCACCCUGAUAUCCGCAAACUCGGGUUCACUGGCUCCACCUCUAUUGGCAAACAGAUCAUGAAGAGCUGUGCCCUAAGCAACCUGAAGAAAGUGUCCCUUGAGCUCGGCGGCAAGUCCCCACUUAUAAUCUUCAAUGACUGUGAACUUGACAAGGCCGUGCGAAUGGGCAUGGGCGCCGUGUUCUUCAACAAAGGAGAGAACUGUAUUGCCGCUGGGCGACUGUUUGUGGAAGAAUCCAUCCACGAUGAAUUUGUGACCAGAGUGGUGGAAGAAAUUAAAAAGAUGAAAAUUGGUGAUCCACUUGACAGAUCUACUGAUCAUGGGCCCCAAAAUCAUAAGGCCCACUUGGAAAAGCUGCUGCAAUACUGUGAAGCUGGAGUGAAGGAGGGGGCCACCUUGGUGUACGGGGGAAGACAAGUCCAAAGGCCAGGUUUUUUUAUGGAACCAACUGUAUUCACAGACGUGGAAGACCACAUGUACCUUGCCAAAGAGGAAUCCUUUGGGCCUAUAAUGGUCAUUUCUAAAUUCCAAAAUGGGGACAUCGACGGUGUCCUGCAGAGAGCCAACAACACAGAGUACGGCUUGGCCUCCGGGGUUUUCACAAGAGACAUCAACAAAGCCAUGUACGUGAGUGACAAACUCGAGGCGGGGACCGUGUUUAUCAACACGUACAACAAGACAGACGUGGCAGCCCCGUUUGGUGGAGUGAAACAGUCCGGCUUCGGGAAAGACUUAGGUGAGGAAGCUCUAAACGAAUACCUCAAAACCAAAACGGUGACUCUGGAGUAUUAGAACAACGCCAUCAUCAUCAGGAAACCCG